AUGGCGAAGGUGGCUGUGAACUCAACUGGGCCGCCCGGCCAGCCAGAUAUUGCAUACACGCCAGAUUGGGAGAAGUACCAGGCACGGGUCGAGAGGCGUCGCGCUAGCGAAGAUCUGGCGCAAACCUUACCUGAUGCCUUCCCGGCGAGACUCGAUUCGACCCUGGCCUGGGACGGCGCCACUGUCGCCGAGCAUUACGACUAUGCCUACCAUCUGACGGAGGCGGAUCUUGUUGAAAUCGAUGGAGCAGUGGCGCACUUCAAAUGCAAGUAUUCGACACUGGGAAAGCCCCUCGGCGAGUUGAGCCAGCAAACCUUCCCCCUGCAAGACCUGCAUGCAACUCUGCGGGGCGUGUCCAAAGACGUUCAUGAUGGGUACGGCUUCAAGGUCGUCCGUGGGGUGCCAAUUCACAAAUACUCGCGCGAGGAAAACAUCAUCAUUUACGCUGGCCUGGCAGCGCAUGUCGCUUCCACGCGCGGGCGACAGGACCACCAGUUUAAUGGCAAACCCGCCGACGUGGUGCUCGCGCACAUCAAGGACUUGUCGCGAGAGUUCGACGCGCAGAGCAUCGGCUCACCCGCGUACACGACAGAGAAGCAAGUUUUCCACACCGACAGCGGAGACAUCAUUGCUCUUUUUGCAUUGAGCGCCGCAGAAGAAGGCGGCGAGAGCUACCUGUCGAGCAGCUGGACGGUCUACAACGAGCUGGCCGCAACGCGUCCCGACCUGAUCAGGACCCUGGCCGAGCCGUGGGAUGUUGACGAAUUCGGCAAGACCGGGCCUCCAGGUUUCACGCGGCGGCCGCUGCUGUACCACCAACCUGCCACCGGCAGUGACCCGGAGCGACUGCUCAUUCAGUAUGCCCGGCGGGCGUUUGUCGGGUACUGGGGCCUGCCCCGAAGCGCAAACAUCCCCGCAAUAACGGAGGCUCAGGCAGAGGCGCUGGAUGCACUGCAUUAUACUGCCGAGAAGCAUGCAGUUGCGCUCGAGUUCCGCCCGGGCGAUAUCCAAUUCGCCAACAAUCUCAGCAUCUUCCACGCGCGGGGCUCUUUCCGAGAUUCCGCCCAGAAGCAACGCCAUCUCGUUAGGCUGUGGCUCCGCGACGAUGAGCUUGCUUGGAAGAUACCCGAGGCUCUCAAGAGUAGAUGGGAUCGUGUGUAUGAGGGCGUGACGGCAGAGAAGCAGGUGUUCCCACUGGAGCCCUCCAUUCGGUCUGCAUCUUCGGGAAAGCCGGCACAGCCGAUUGUGCAGCAGCCUGCAGCCGUUGCGGCAUCUGCUUGA